CCUCAUAGCGAGUGGUCUGUGCCGCUCUUCACCAGUGCAUCCCUGAGAUAGCUCCUUCCCUCCCUUUAUACGCUCGCGUUUGGUGAUCAUGACAGCUUUUCAUUAGAAACUGAAAAGUGAUUUUGUGAGUGAAUGGAGUUGUAUUAGUGUUUUUUUUUUCAUUUACACACUUGGCCUAUAUUUUUUUUUUAGUUUGAAAAAUAUAUAAGUUAAAUUGAAGAGUAACGAUGGCUUGUGUGUAUCGAGGAUGAUGGAUACAAGGACUAUUGUUUAUGUCGCGUUUGAGGAGUAAGAUGGAGAACCCGGCGUUCCUAGACAGCGAUCAGUCCGUCUACGAGAGCGUGCGAGGGACCCCACGCAACAUGUCCCAGCGGCGACCACACCACCUUCCCACCAUCCACCACGCCCACACACAUACCCCUAGGGGCGUGGGCGUCCCCCAGCACGUGGCCCACGUCCACAAUGGUCGCGUGCUGGGAGUGACGGGCGUGCCGGGCAACAAUGUACUGCCGGGAACGGUGGUGCAGAUGUCCGGAGUGCCCACCUCGGCGGGGCACACCACUACCCUCUACCCAGACCCAUCCCUGCCGCCCCUCUGUCCAGCACACCUCGCCCACCUGCCCCACGGCGAGCCCAUGUACUCCUGCCAGGCGCCCCGCGACCACGACCACGUCUACCAAUGCCCCGGCCACCGCGGGGAUCACGUCGACCACCGCGACCACCACCUAGAGCACCGCGACCAUCGGGACCCCCGCGAACACCAUGUGGAUCCCCGUGAACAUCGUAUAGACCCUCGCGAACAUCACGUGGACCCGCGCGAACAUAUGGACCCUCGAGAACAUAUGGACCCUCGCGAACACCGUCUAGAACCCCGCGAACACCACGUGGACCCUCGGGAACACCACGUAGAUCCUCGGGAACACCACGUGGACCCUCGGGAACACCACGUGGACCCUCGGGAACACCACGUGGACCCUCGGGAACACCACAUGGACCCUCGGGAACACCACAUGGACCCUCACCACUUGGACCCUCGGGAACACCACAUGGACCCUCGGGAACACCACAUGGACCCCCGGGAACACCACAUGGACCCCCGGGAACACCACAUGGACCCCCGGGAACACCACAUGGACCCCCGGGAACACCACAUGGACCCCCGGGAACACCAUAUGGACCCCCGGGAACACCGCCUAGAGCCACGCGAACACCACCUGGACCAGCGGGAGCACCGUCUGGACCCGGCGCUGGACCACCGGCCGGACUACCACUACGGGGGCAGCGACUACUCUAGCACGGAGCCCAUCUACGCCCAGCCGCACCUGUACCCGCGCGAGGGGGGCCCCGGUACGCCCACGCUCGGCUACAACAAUUCUAGGGGCUCGCUACGGGCGGCGUCGACGGCCGGCACCCCAGCCAAGUACCUCGUCCGUACCGAUUCUUGUGGAAACUCCACCUCCUCCUCGACCCUGCCUACUGUAUCCGCCCUGUUAGCUCGAGAGGCCGCCCACAUCCCGCCCACGCCUGCUCAUACUACCACACCCUCCCUCCGCUCCUCCUCACGUCACGGGAAAGGGGGAGCGACGCCCACGCCGGCGAAGCUGAAGAGGCAAGGACUGUUCCGGGCGUGGAAGGUUAAGUUCAUGCGUGGGGAGAGAGGUGGUCGACGGGCGUGUGUGGUGCUGACGGCCGUGGUGCUGCUGCUUCUGCUAGUCCUGGGUGCCCUGGCUGCCGUCCUCUACCUCACACUGGGCGGCGAACUCGGGGCGUUGGUGGGCGAGUCUCCGAAACUUAUAGAAAUUGCUGAAGCGACCAAACCAGACCAACUCAUCCGCUAUCCCAUACCAACUCAUCCGCUAUCCCAGACCAGCUCAUCCGCUAUCCCAGACCAACUCAUCCGCUAUCCCAGACCAACUCAUCCGCUAUCCCAGACCAACUCAUCCGCUAUCCCAGACCAACUCAUCCGCUAUCCCAGACCAACUCAUCCGCUAUCCCAGACAACUCAUCCGCUAUCCCAGACCAACUCAUCCGCUAUCCCAGACCAACUCAUCCACUAUCCCCAGACCAACUCAUCCGCUAUCCCAGACCAACUCCAUCCGCCUAUCCCAGACCAACUCAUCCUCUAUCCCAGACCAACACCAACUCAUCCGCUAUCCCAGACCAGCUCAUCCGCUCAUCCGCUAUCCCAGACCAACUCAUCCGCUAUCCCAGACCAACUCAUCCGCUAUCCCAGACCAGCUCAUCCGCUAUCCCAGACCAACUCAUCCGCUAUCCCAGACCAACUCAUCCGCUAUCUCAGUCCAACUCAUCUACACAGACCAUACCAACUCAUCCGCCCGACCAGACCAACUCAUCCACUAUCCCAGACCAUGGAAGACCAGAGCUACGGACCAAAACAGAUCCAGAUAGACUUAAUUGAAUAA